UUUUUGUUUGUUUCUUUUUGUAUUCUUUCAGAGAGCGUUCUGUCUCUCUGCAACAAGAAGCCACCAACUGACCGACCCCUAUCUCUCAUUUCAUCGACUUUCCUCUCUUCCUUUAAAUUUCGGGUACUACACUAUCUAGUGACCGUUGAUUUUGAAUCAAUUGAUAUUAGGGCAUGUCGUCACAACAGGGUGGGAGCAAUGCAGUGGAUUUCGACCUACCUGACGAGAUUCUGGCGGUUAUACCGACGGACCCGUACCAUCAGUUGGAUCUCGCCCGGAAAAUAACUUCUAUGGCCAUCGCUUCUAGGGUUUCAUCUCUUGAGUCCGACACCGGUCGCCUCCGCCAGAAGCUUCUAGAAAAGGAUCGACUUAUCGAUGACCUCGAGGACCGUGUCUCUACGCUCACUCGCGCCGCACAACAGGCUCACUCUGCCCUCAACACGGCCGUUGAAGAAAAUGUGAAGCUUACAAAGGAGAGGGAUGAAUUGGCAGCAACAGUGAAGAAGCUAAGUCGAGACUUUGCAAGGUUGGAGACAUUCAAAAAACAACUGAUGCGGUCGCUAGCUGAUGACAAUCCACCUCAAGCUGAAACCAUAGAUAUUGGAACCUGUGACCAAGCAGUUCCAAAGGCAUAUCCUGAUAAGGAUGAUGAUGUAAAUGGGUAUACAGCACCUCAUGCAUACAAUGGCCCUGCAAAUGUGGGCAAAACAAAUGAUGAAGCUUCCAGGUAUUCAUCACAACAGUUUUCUUUGACCCCAUAUAUUACACCACGUCUUACACCAACUGCAACUCCAAAAGUGAUCUCAACGGCUGGUUCUCCUAGAGGAUACUCUGCUGCUGUAUCACCCAAGCUAGCUUCUGGUGCCACCUCUCCCACAAAACUUUCUUAUGAAGGCCGAUCAUCUCUCUCGUCAUGGUAUUCAUCAAGUCAGCAGUCAUCAGCAGCAAAUUCUCCACCUCGAGGACGAUCAGUUCCAGGUCGAACUCCAAAGAUUGAUGGAAAGGAGUUUUUUCGUCAAGCCAGGAGUCGUCUUUCAUAUGAGCAGUUCAGUGCAUUUCUUGCUAACAUAAAGGAAUUAAAUGCUCAGAAACAAACACGAGAGGAAACUUUACGAAAGGCAGAUGAUAUAUUUGGGUCAGAUAACAAAGAUCUUUACCUAUCUUUUCAAGGAUUGCUUAACCGGAAUGUACGCUAGGACUGAAAGCAGCUUUGCUUGUAAUUGCAUGAGUUGCUCCAAAUUGGAUAUGUUUCUCCUGUUGCUAUGCAUUCCAUAAACAAUUUCUUGCUUGUACUAAGACGGAAGCCAUACGCUUCUUUUCAAAGGCUUGUCUUCAACUCUCUAACCUUCUAUUUAGUUCCCCUCUCGACUCUCCAAAUAGGAUUAUAUCAUCUGCAAAAAGCAUACAUCUCGAUGCUGGUUCUUGGAUAUGUUCUGUAAGUAUGAAAUUAAUAUAACACGUUAUUGCAAAAAAAGGAUCAAUCAGUAUUUUAAAAUUAGUUCAAGUUCAUUGUAGAUUCAAUAUUUCCAUGCUUUCUUUCUUGAUGCAAAUAUUUCAGUUAGUUGCCUU